AUGGAUGACGAUGCCCCGACGCGCACGUCCGUCGUGUCGUCGAGGGACGAAGAGAAGCGCAAGUCGGUGGACGACGGCGAAGGCGACGGGGGCUCAGAGCCGCCGAGCGCGGUGGCGCGGAACUUCAUGUUCCCGGCGAUCGCUGGUGGGUUGUUCGGAUGGGACAUCGGGAUAUCUUCGGGCGCGUUGGAGAACAUCACCACAAGCGCGGCGAAUGGUGGGGAUGGGUUCGCGCUGAAUAGCAUUCAGUCGGGACAGUUUGUGAGCGCGUCGCUUUUCGGCGCGCUCAUGGCGAGCGCAGUGGCGGGCGCUGGGAUUGGUGAUCGCUUGGGCGCGAGGAGGGAGUUAGCGCUGGCGGCGAUGCUUUACUUGAUAGGGAGCGUCUCUGGGAGCGCGGCGAACGGGUUCGAGCUUUUGGUUUUCUCAAAGCUCGUGUACGGAUUGGGCGUCGGUUUCGCAAUGCAGAGCGCGCCAGUGUACAUUGCGGAGACCGCGCCGAGCGCAUUGCGCGGUAGUUUGAUCUCGCUCAAGGAAGGCUUCAUCGUUGGCGGGAUUCUCAUCGGAUACUUGGCGAGCGAGGGCGUGAUGACCGCGGACGGCGGAUGGAGGCAGUUGUUUUUGGAAUCGACACCCGUAAUCGCCUUGCUUCUCGCGGGCACCUUAGCGGUGCUCCCAGAUUCACCGCGUUGGAUCGCCAAGGCUGGUGACACCCCAGAGACUCGAAGCAAGACGCGAGACGCGUUGGUCAAGGUUAGAGGCGCACAAAGUGACGCGGACAUGGCCAGGGUUGAAAAGGAGCUGGAGGACAUUUUCCAAGCUGCCGAAACGAUGAAUGCGACAGAGGGUGGUUCGGGGAUGAUUCACCUGUUUGAGAAGCGAUAUCUGCGACCGCUGUACAUUGGAUUAUCUGUGGUGUUGUUUCAACAGUUUACCGGGCAACCGAGCGUUCUUUACUACGCCAACCAAACGUUUGAAGCCGCUGGGUGGAGUGCGGAGGAUGCAGCGAACGUUUCAGUCAUUCUAGGCGUUUGGAAACUCUUCAUGACGGCCAUCGCCGUUUCGAAGGUCGAUAGUUUAGGACGUCGUCCGCUUCUCUUGGGCGGCGUGAGCGUCGUCACCGUGUGCUUGUUCGCUUUGGCCGCGUUGAACGCUCCAGGAGAGGCGCAAACGGUGGCGCAAGCGCAAGCUUCGCUCGCCGUCAUUUUCCUCUACGUCGGAGCGUAUCAGCUCAGCUUCGGUCCAAUCGCGUGGUUACUCGUGGGCGAAGUGUUUCCAGCCAAGGUUCGCUCGGCCGCCGUCGGUCUGGCUACCCUGAGCAACUUCGGAAGCAACUUCUUGGUGUCUCUAUUCCUACCAACGGUGGAAGAGACCAUCGGUUUACGGGGCACUUACCUCGGCUUUGCCUCCGUCGGUGUCCUCGCCGUGGUAUCCAUUUACUUCACCGUCGUCGAGACCAGAGGUAAGACUCUCGAAGAGAUUGAAGAGAUGCUCACAAAGUAA